AUGUUUAAACGAGCAUUGGCGGUGAUCCCGCGCCGGUGGAAAGUCACUUACCCGGCAGUGAUCGAGCUCGACGGCAAGAAGUACCCUACCGACGAGUGGACCAACGUCCCCGAUUACAUUUUGCUGCUUACCCGGCGCCAACUCCAUCGCAAUCCCAACCACCCCAUUGGUAUCCUCAAUGACUUAAUCCAAGAAAACUUCAAGGGGAUGGGGUACACGAUGUACGACCAGUUCAAGCCCGUGGUCACCAAGUACGAGAACUUCGAUGUGUUGGGGUUCCCUGAAGACCAUCCGGGGCGGUCAAAGCUGGACACUUACUACCUUAAUGCCAACCACUUGUUGCGUACUCAUACCUCAGCGCACGAAGCUGAGUGUUUCACCUCAUGCAAGACUCCUGGCUACUUCAUCACUGCUGAUGUAUACCGUCGAGACGAGAUUGACCGUACCCACUACCCGGCGUUCCAUCAAAUGGAAGGAGCGCGGUUAUGGUCGCGGAACGACUUGGACAAGCUCCGCCGCGACAUUGAAGAGAUCCCCAAGACGAACAUCAUUGUCGAAGACCCCGCAUGGAACCCUGAAACCAACCCGAAACAACUGCACAUGACUGACGAAGAAGUGACACUCUUAACGGCUCACCUUAAGAGAACCAUGGAAUACUUGGUAAACCAAGUGUUUGAGCGGGCGAGAGAACUGGCUAAGUUGGCGGGUUCUACUGAGCCUUACCUCAACGAACCGCUCCGCGUGCGGUGGAUUGAAGCCUACUUCCCGUGGACGGCGCCGUCGUACGAGAUCGAAGUGUGGUGGAAGGGCGAGUGGCUCGAAUGCUGCGGUAUGGGGCUUGUUCAGCAACAAGUGUUGACCAACCUGGGCUUGCCUGACGAUCAGAUCGGGUGGGCGUUUGGUAUUGGCUUGGAUCGUAUCGCCAUGUUGUUGUUUGGCAUCCCCGAUAUCCGUUUGUUCUGGUCGUUGGAUGAACGUUUUGCUAAGCAAUUCCAAAGAGGCAAGAUCCUGACGUUUGUCCCUUACUCAAAGCACCCGGGUAUCAAGCGUGAUGUGUCGUUCUGGUUAUCGCAGGACGUGCACGAAAAUGACGUUAUGGAAGUGGUCAGACUGCACGGCUCUGACCUCGUCGAGUCGGUGCAAUUGGUCGACGAAUUUGUCCACCCUAAGACCGGCAAGCACUCGCAAUGCUACCGUGUCAACUACCAGCUGAUGGACCGUAACUUGACCAACGAAGAGAUUAACCAGAUCCACCACAACGUCGAACAACAAUUGGUGAACGAGUUUGGCGUCACCAUUCGUUAA